UAAUUCCAAUCACUCUUAGCAUCAUGGAGAGAGUCUGUACGGCGACGGAACCGGCUUUAAACCUUCGGGAUUUUCUAGCCCAAUAUCAGAAAAAACUAUUUGGGUCCGCGGACGAUGUGCCCUUCUACCUACAAACCAACCCCGUCCUUGUUGACGUGGGUGAGAGCUGUUCCCUGGACUUGAUAGAGUCGCCAGAUGACAGCUCGAUUGCAGUCUUCCAGCCCGGUACAGACCAAUUUCGUCCAAACUUUGUCCAGCCCCCGGGGGAUCAGCAUGUGCCCUCCACUUUUUUGGCCUUGACUCAACACAAAGCUAAGUCACGCAAAUGUGCCUUUGGGCGAACCCAGUACACCCACAAGCUGAAUCCACCGCCGAAGGACUGCCCCGAUCUCCAGCUGGAUACCUGCGAGCUGGAGCUAACCGUACGUCUCUACCGACCACCGCGGGCCUACCACCGAGGAUUCAAGGUGGAGAUCCCCGUGUUCGCAGAGGAGUACGUCUGUCUGGGCACCAACUAUCUGACCGAGCUGCGCGAUAAGAUCAGCUGCGUUUGUCGUGGCAAACGGUUCGUCGACAUCAGCCACGAUCCGGAUGCUCCGUUGCCCACUAUCGACACUAAUCCGGGGUACUUCUUCAUCAACGACACUUUCUACAAUGACAAACGCAAUCCGAACAAUCCCGACUAUUCGCAAACCGUAUUAAAGUGGGCAGCCAGAGCAAAUGGAGUGAAUGGAGAAACGCUUAAAGUGGAGAAUAUGGAGGGCAAAAGAUUCAUCGAUCUAACCGUCAGUCCGGGCUCGCCGCUGCACUACCUGCAUCACGGCAAUUGCGAGCACCUGUUUGUGAUCUCACAGAUCGAGGUACUAACGCCGCGCAGUAAACGCCCAGAUCGCAGUCUUUAUCCCUAUCCUCACGCCUUCAGCACCUUCAAUCGCAGGACCUGCUAUAUGUGCGGCAUUCGCAGCUAUAGCUUCAUUGUAGAGCAGUCCCGUCGACAGCUGCACGAUCCCUCUUACCUGUGCCGCAGUUGCUUCCUCAGUUUUUUCUACGUGGAUGGUGUAAAGGUAGGUCAGUUCAAGGCCUAUCGCGUAUACGACCACGCGGAGGAUGAGGAGGAGCGUAAAGAAGGUGAGGUGGUCGUAUUAGAUUAGUCAACAUUUUGGAACUUCAUGAAAAAUUCAGUUUUUAUCUGCAAGGCAUGUUUGGACAUAAGAGUUCAAAUCCCUAAAUUAUUUAUAGGGAAAAGAAAUGCUUCCCGGAAUUUUUUGUAAAAUAGUCUUUUAACUUUACCAAAUAAUGUACUGACUUAUACUCCCCGUAUAAGAAUAAUAAACAGAGUAGACUUUA